AUGUUGUACUACUUGAAGUACGCCGCUGCGGGCUUGGCCGCUGCGACUCUGGUCUCAGGCCAAACGUACACCGACUGCAACCCGAUGAAAAAAACUUGCCCCGCCAAUCCUGGAACUACUGAGUCGAGCCACUUUUUUGACUUCACCCAGAGCUCGGGUCUAGACAAGUGGACCACUACUGCCGGCACCAUCAAGACAGGCUCCAACGGCGCCGAGUUUACCGUCGGCAAGAAAGGCGAUGCUCCCACCAUCCAGAGCGACUUCUACAUCUUCUUCGGCGAAGUAUCGGUCACCCUGAAGGCAGCCCCCGGUACCGGCAUCGUCAGCAGUAUCGUGCUUGAGUCGGAUGAUCUCGACGAGAUUGACUGGGAAACCGUUGGUGGCGACACGACCCAAGUCGAAUCCAACUACUUCGGAAAGGGAGACACCACGACCUACGACCGCGCGAUCUGGCAUCCCGUCUCGAGCCCACAGGAGGACUUCCACACCUACAAGGUCGUCUGGACCAAGGAAGCCACCACCUGGUCCGUUGACGGAAAAGUUCUCCGCACUCUAGCUUACAACGACGCCAAGUCCGGCACCAGAUACCCCCAGACCCCCAUGAACGUCCGCAUCGGUAUCUGGGCUGGCGGUGACCCAUCCAAUGCGCCCGGCACGAUCGAAUGGGCUGGCGGCAAGACUGAUUACACCAAGGCCCCCUUCACUAUGUAUAUCAAGGAUGUCACUAUUGUCAACUACAACCCCUCUGAGUCUUACACCUGGUCUGACCAGACUGGCUCUUACGAGAGCAUUAAGUUCACCGGUUCUACUAACUCGACUUCCGAGAGCUCUUCGACUUCCAAGUCUUCCAAGACUUCUGAGGCUACCUCCACUGCCUCGAUGACUUCGAAGACCACUGCGGCUACUACUUCUGGAAGCCUUAUCUCUGCUUCCAACACUGCCACACCGUCUAGCUCUGCCUCUGCCUCCGGCUCCAGCUCCAACUCCGGCUCCAGCUCCAGCUCUGGCUCUAGCUCUGGCUCGAGUUCUUCUAGUUCCGCUUCCCCCUCCGCUUCUCCCGCUUUCAACGCGGCUUCGAACUUGAGCGCUGGUAGCUUCGGUUUCCUUUCUAUCCUUGGUGCUAUCUCUGGAUUGCUUUUCUUGUAG